AUGGCAGAAGGACCACCUCCGAAACGGAAAAAGGCCAUAGAUUACGAUGACGACGACGACGACGAAGAUGAAGGACCAUUAAUAAAACGGACGCGGCUAGAAAAAAACACGACUCUUGAAAAUGGCUAUGGAGAUAGGAAAGGAGAACAAAAACAUGGGUCACGUUCUGCAGGCACAAAAUCAUCAGGAGUGUCUACUAAGCAGAAUACUGGCGAUUCUUUGAAAGACACGACUAAUGACACAACCAGAAACAAAAACAAAAACAAAAACAAGACAGAUAAUGAUAAUAAUAACAAUAAUAAUGACAAUAAUGACCCUAAAAACAAUAAGAAACAUGAUACCAAUGAUAAAAGGGCAUCGCCCGCACCUACUAAAACAGUCUCUUCGGAUGUAGUAAUUGUUAAUGACUCUUUGAAAAGCAAAAACUCAGAUUCUGGAGCCAAUGACAAUAAUAAAGAUAAAACAGAAGAUGGUGAUAAAGAUAAUAGUACCUCAGUUACAGGAACCUCUGCUGGGGAUGAGGAGACCACAGAUGGUGGUUUGGUUACCAAAUUUGUUUUUGAUGGUGUGGAGUACCCUUACAAGGAACGGCCAGCGGUACUUGAAGAAAUGAAUGGGAUAAUUGAGUUUCGAGUAGUAAACAAUGAUAAUUCAAAAGAAAACAUGAUGGUACUGACAGGUCUUAAAAACAUUUUCCAAAAGCAAUUGCCCAAGAUGCCGAGAGAAUAUAUUGCACGAUUAGUGUAUGAUCGGUCCCAUGUUUCUAUUGCAGUUGUACGAAAACCAUUAACAGUUGUUGGUGGCAUUACUUUCCGACCUUUUGAAUCACGCACAUUUGCUGAAAUUGUAUUUUGUGCAAUUUCAUCUACAGAACAAGUUCGAGGUUAUGGUGCACACUUGAUGAAUCAUCUUAAGGACUAUGUGCGGAAUGCUUAUGCUGGUCGUAUUAAAAACUUUCUGACAUAUGCUGAUAAUUAUGCCAUUGGGUACUUUAAGAAGCAGGGCUUCACCAAAGAAAUUUCCCUUGACAAGAGUAUUUGGAUGGGUUAUAUUAAGGAUUAUGAAGGUGGUACUAUUAUGCAAUGUACUAUGCUCCCUAAAAUUCGUUAUCUUGACGCAAAUAAGAUUUUGCUGGUGCAAAAGGCAGCUAUUAUGCGCAAGAUUCGCGAAAUUUCCAAGUCCCAUAUUGUCAGACCGGGUCUCCAAGUCUUUAAAAAUCCAGAAGUGACACAGAUUGACCCACUUACUAUCCCUGGACUUAAAGAGGCUGGAUGGACUCCAGCAAUGGAUGAAAUUGCGCGCAGACUUAAACGAUCACCUCAUUAUGCUGUGAUGCAGGCAUUGCUAAAUGAGAUGCAGGCCCACCCGUCUGCCUGGCCCUUUGCUGAGCCAGUUAACAAGGAUGAAGUUGCUGAUUAUUACGAAGUUAUUAAAGAGCCCAUGGAUUUGUUCACAAUGGAGCAACGUCUUGAGGCAGACGCGUAUGCCACUUUGGAGCAAUUUCUUUACGAUGCACGGCUUAUUUUCAAUAAUUGCCGCAAGUACAAUAACGAAACAACAACGUACUAUAAGCACGCGACAAAACUUGAAAAGUUUCUUUAUUCCAAGAUUAAGGAUUAUCCUGAAUAUGCCCAUGUACUCGAUUCUUAG